CCUUGCAACCGUCCAACAUGGCAGCGCGCUGUAGCUUUUGAGAACGAAGUGUUUUAAUGUUUGCACGUUUUGCAGUUAUGUUGGCUUUGUUUGUAGUCAUUUCCCUUUUUAAGGGUUCUUUUUCUACCUUGGACUCUGAAGUUGCUCAGGAUGUCCACGGUGAGAACUACCUGCUGUGGAUGUGGAGCAACAGACUUUACAUUUAUUCUGCUGCAGCUCUGCUUUUAGGCUUGUUCUUCUUUCUUGGACGCAGGAAGAUAAUCAAUGCAAAGGAUUCUGGUUCAAAGAUCCAACAAGCUGCAAAAAACAACAACAGACCAGAGAAAGAUGCUGAUGUUUAUGUUUCAGGGGUUAAAGUAUUUUAUGGCUCACAAACUGGAACAGCAAAGGGUUUUGCCACAGAGCUUUCAAAGGAUGUGCAGACUUUGGGUUUCCCAGCUGAGGUGAUUGACAUGAAGGACUACGAUCCAGAUGAUCGACUCGCAGACGAGUGUAGCAGUCAGUCAGUCUGCGUGUUUCUUGUGGCCACCUACACUGACGGACAGCCCACAGAGAACUCCGAGUGGUUCUGUAAGUGGCUGGAAGAGGCUUCCACCGACUUCCGGUACGGGAACACCUUCCUCAAAGGCCUCCGAUACGCAGUGUUCGGCCUCGGCAACUCGGUCUAUGUCGGUCACUACAACACGGUGGGUAAAAAUGUAGACAAGUGGCUGUGGAUGCUCAGUGCCAAAAGAAUCAUGAGCAGAGGAGAGGGAGACUGCAACGUGGUGAAGAGUCGAAACGGUAGCGUUCAGGCAGACUUCCAGGCCUGGAAGGCAAAAUUCCUGAGCCGCCUGAAGGCGCUGGCCAAAGGUGAGAAGAGGAGCUGCAAGGAUGAAGGUUGCUGCAAGAAUAGAAAGAAACAUGGAGAAGAAAAGGAGGAGAAAGCUGUGAUGCAGGAGAACAGCUCCGAGAUGGAUCUGAUUGAAUCCAGCAGUGAGGAGGAAGAGUCUGUCCUGCCAGAUGAGAAAGCAUCACGAUCCGUGGUAGACGUGGAGGAUCUGGGCAACAUUAUGAAUAACGUCAAGAAAGCAAAGGUAAGGAAGGAGGAUCAGGUAAACGGCCAGAUGGUGAAGCUGUCCAAACUGAACGGAGUGUCAAAGACUGAAGGUGAAGAGGAAAGAAGAGAGAUGAUCACCCCUGCUCUAAGGGAAGCUCUGACUAAGCAAGGAUAUAAAUUAAUUGGAAGUCACUCUGGAGUGAAGCUCUGCAGAUGGACUAAGUCCAUGUUACGAGGGAGAGGAGGCUGCUACAAGCACACAUUCUAUGGUAUUGAGUCCCACCGCUGCAUGGAGACUACACCCAGCUUGGCCUGUGCAAACAAGUGUGUCUUCUGCUGGAGACAUCACACCAACCCGGUGGGGACUGAAUGGCGCUGGAAAAUGGACCCAGCAGAGAAAAUCUUGCAGGAUGCUCUGGAAAAGCACCAACUCAUGAUACGGCAGUUCAGAGGUGUCCCUGGAGUGAAGCCUGAGCGGUAUGAGGAAGGUUUGGCCGUCAAGCACUGUGCCCUGUCCUUGGUGGGCGAGCCUAUCAUGUAUCCGGAAAUCAACACCUUUCUUCGCCUUCUUCACUCUCAUGGCAUUUCCAGCUUCCUGGUCACAAAUGCACAGUUCCCAGAAGAAAUCAGGAACCUGGUGCCAGUGACUCAGUUGUAUGUCAGUGUGGAUGCCAGCACCAAGGAUAGUCUGAAGAAGAUUGAUCGGCCGCUUUUCAAGGACUUCUGGCCUCGUUUCCUGGACAGUCUCAAGGCUUUGGGAGAAAAAAGACAGAGGACGGUGUACAGACUGACGCUGGUGAAAGCAUGGAAUGUGGAGGAGAUGCAGGCUUACUCUGAGCUCAUUGCUCUGGGACAACCCGACUUUAUUGAGGUUAAGGGUGUGACGUACUGCGGGGAGAGCUCUGCCAGCAGUCUGACCAUGGCCAACGUUCCCUGGCAUCAGGAAGUGGUCGCCUUCGUCCAACAGCUGGCUGACAUGCUACCUCAGUAUGAGAUUGCCUGUGAGCAUGAGCACUCCAACUGUUUGCUCAUUGCACAUACUAAGGUAAGAGCUCAGCAGCUGAACCCAAUGAAAAAAGCUAACACACAACCUUCAGCAGUAACAUACGGCCAGAAUGAGUGA